ACCCCAACGCCACCACUGAUUCCCGACAACUCGACAACAUAAUCGACCCCCUGAUCGGAGUCUGCGUGGACAGCGCCAUGUUCCCGCUCUCCGCCACCUUCUUCAUACCCAUUGAUGAUUUCCUGCCAAAUCUUCACAUAGACCCCUUCAUUUUUGCUUACCAUGUUGUCCCUCAAAGCCUCACUUACUCUGAUCUUCGUCUCCUCAAACUGCUCUCCCGCCUCCUCAGUCUCUUGCCCACCAAAUCGAUUCUCGUGACAAACGCUUCGGUCUUGAACUUCACUCUCUGCGAUUCUCUUACUUCUGAACCUGAUUUUUAUCUCACUUCCACCGUUUCCGUUCAUGGGGUCAAUUGUUUUCUUGACUACUCAGUUUAUGGUGGAAAUGACACUCUUUUCUUGCCUGAAGCUUCACCUCCGUUACCGCGCCUACCUGCUCCAAUGCCCUUGUUUGCUCCCACGGUGGAGGAGAUUAGAGGCGGCAGCGCCAUGGUAGUGGUAAAAAGUCAGAUGCUGCAUGAUCGUGCCGGGAGUUUCGAGUGAUUUUGGUGGAUUGUUUGUGAUGUUUUGUGGGUUCAAGAUUUUUCUGGAGCUCGCUGCGUGUUUAAUUAGGGGACGACUGAAUUACCUUAAGAACUGAGCGCAAGUUCGCCAAACUAGUAAAAUAUCGAAUCAAAGCUGGAGACGAGAAUAUCUUUCUUGAAUUCAAUUCAAUUUAUUUGUUUUA